CUGGUCUCUCCGCGGCGGUCUGUGAAAGAUUGAAAAAUGCUAGUGUCGGCCGUAAAGGGGCCAAUCGGUACCCGUCAGGCUUGAACGUCUUUCUGACGGAGAGUCCUAAAUCAACAGUAUCCCGAGUUCCACGGUCGAAUCGGUUCAUUGCGGACAGGAUAUAUCGAGAUGACAAGCAUCUGCCGGCACAAGCAGCGCAUUGGCUGUGCAUUGACGGCCUUGCCAGGAUGUUGUUCUUGUGCAGACAAAAGACCCCUUGCGACUGCCUAUCCUGUGUACAUCGACGGCCAAGGCAUGAAACUUCAAGGAAAGCGCUGGCAACGUUACUGCUGGAAGUGUCGAGAUUAUUGGAAUCUUCUAUCAGAGAGCAACUCAGAUCCCUCGUUUUCCAACACACCCGAAACCGGCAACGCCCACGUUUGUUUGCAGCACGGGAGCUCACACGGCGUGAACAUGCCUUACUACCGCAACAGCAGAUACGUAGCCGCACACAACUCUGGCGGUACGGGAUCUAGCCCAGCCUCAGGAUUCAGUAGCACCAGCGAAGACGUGUCCAUCGGCAAUCCAGAUGGUAAUUUGCAAACCACCCACUUCAGCCCCAAUUCGGCCGGUGUCAGCAUCAACCAUCCUUCCAGCCCAAAUCAUUCGCUGCCUGCGAGGGAGCCUCCAACGUGGGCCUUUGGCCAUGUCCCUCCACACGCCCGCAACACCCUGCAAGGCACGAUUCCUGACGGACCGGCUCACUCUGCUCCCACUCACCCUGCUCAGCGCCGAUCUUUGUCAGCGCAUCUGAACCCUCUCUCUCAGACCACAGACGGCAUCAAUUCAAGCCAGAUAGUCAUAGCAAACGACCCACGACUGACAAUCACCACUCCACGACCCAUCAACGACACCUCUCGCCAACAACCAUCAAAUCCUCGUGGACGUCGGCCCAUCCCCAAUCCUUUCGGCACUAGAGAAGAAAUUGAGUCCGAGAACUACCAAAGUCCGAUAACAGCGCUGUUCGGACGAGCCUGGAAUAGGUACAGGGACGUGCAGGAAGCCAACCAAUCCAGAAGGAUUUCACAAGACAGCGUUCCUGGAACGGCUCCUCCGCAACAUGACGAGGCCGCAAGUCGAAUGAUGCGGGAACGCGAUUACAUGAUCCAGCUCGAGCUCGCUAUGCGUGAGGUAGGCCCUUUAAAUGCGCUCGAUCCACAGUGGCGGCCACCUCCUACCAACCCUGCGGGUACAAACCUGUACACAGGCCAACAGUUCGAUGCAGGUCCAAGUACUCCCGUCAAUCAAUCCUGGCGGCCUACCACCUUCAACCGCGCCGCUACAUACCAAAACAUAGGCCAGCAACUAAAUGCAGGCCCAAGUAAUCCAAGAAGUUACCAGUGGCAGCCACUUCCUAUCAACCCUGCCGGCACAAACCAAAACGCAGGCCAACAGCCUGAUCCAGACCCAAUUAAUCCUAUCGAUCUGCAGAAGCGGCCACCCCCUAUCACUCCUGACGAUAUGAACGUCAACGUUGCCUGCAAAAUAUGUUGCGAGCAAAAGAUCGAUACAUUAUUUGAGCCAUGCAUGCACCUUGCUGUUUGUCACUGGUGCUCAGAUGUGUUACGUACUCGCGCGCGUCACUUUCGCAACACGCGCGUCGGACCACCGCGUCCUGAAGAGAUCUGGACAUGUCCUAUUUGCCGCCGAGAGGUCACUCGGUGGAGGAGAGUGUAUUUGGCUUGUUAAGUGAGAAGUAUGUGGGAGAAGCGCCGCGAGAUCUGCCAGAUCAUGACACCCAGGAGAUGGACAUGAACUUGUCGACCCGUUCAGUAGGUCACUUAGAGCAAUCGGUGGAAGGACUUUUGUUGGCAGCAUGUACAUGCAGUCAGACUCACAAAGAGCGGCCGAAGCGGUAUUUACGAAGUUAUGUCGAUUGAGGUAAUGCAGUUUGCAGAUUAAUGAUACAUUGCACCGCAGCAG